AUUAUUUUAAAAUAAAAUAAAAAACAAAAAGACUUUUUUUUUUAUAAUAAAAAAAAGACCAGGAUUUUACACGCAGAGAGAGAGAGAGAGAGAGAGAGCAAGAGCCAAACAAGUAGCGGGAAACUUCGAAUAAGAAAUCGGCAGGGUUGGGACGGAGCUUUCAAAGGCUCGAAGGUUUUUUGGUGUGUGAAGGACCGCCAUGGACGAUGUUAGGGCAAGCUCUGCUUGGGUCGCAGAACAUUCUACUCAUGUCAUCGUCGACUCCUCUGGGAUUGAGAAAAUGGUGGAGGCUAUUGAUUCAAUUCCGAGAGUGAAUUGGGAUUUCGAAGGGAUUCACUAUUUUGAUAAUGGACCGCUUACCGUUCAGUACCUCUUGGUAUUGGACGCUUUGAAUUUCUGCUUUUGGCCUGAUAAGGAUUUAACUUAUGAUCAUUUGGCGUCGGGGUUGAAGGCAGCUUUAAAGAAUGAUAAAUCAGCUUUUGAUGCUGAUCGUUUGCAGAAGUACACCGGUCCACAAUUACGUGAGCUGUUGAACUGGCCUAGACCACUUCCUUUGGAGGAUGAACGAGUUCGAUUGUUGCAUGAGGUUGGGUUUGAACUGGAAAGAAGCUUUGAUGGCAAAGCAUCUAAUAUUGUGGAAUCCUGUGGAAAAUCUGCUAUCAAGCUUGUUGCUCUUGUUACACGUCACUUUCCUGGCUUCCGGGAUCACUCGGUGUACAAAGGACACCAAGUAUUCUUGUACAAAAGAGCACAAAUAUUUGCUGCAGAUUUGUGGGGUGCAUUCCAGGGCCAGGGAUAUGGAGAAUUUAAUGACAUUGGAUCCAUUACCAUGAUGGCUGAUUACAUUGUUCCAGCUGUUCUUCAGCAGCUUGGCGUGCUGAAGUACAGUUCAGAGCUUGCCAAAUUGAUUGAGGCUAAUAAUGAAAUAUAUUCAGGCAGUGAGGAGGAAGUUGAGCUACGGGCUUGCUCCAUAUAUGCUGUGGAGAGGAUGAAGGAGUUGAUCAGUAAAAAAUCAGGGAAGCAGGUGCUUAGUGUGGAGUUAGACCUUUGGCUUUGGUCUUUUGGCAUUCAAUUUCCAUCUCUGCAACACCACCGAACACUUUCAAUAUAUUACUGAGCACAACAAAUCCAAUGGUGCCCUUCUUAAUUUAUGUUUCUAACUGUUAGAUUUUAGGAAACUAGCACAGUAAGUUUUGGGGCGAAGUCUUCGGCCAGAUGUGUCCAUACAUUCCUUGCAUCUAUUUUUUUUUUUGUAUGGUUGCAGCUUUUCCCAAUUUUGAGAAGUACUACUAAUAUUAGCCUUAGAGUUGAUGAACCAAAAACUUAUUGUUUUAAAAAUUAAACAUUUGGUAUUUUGCUAUUAUCUAUUUUGGGUUAUCUGUCA